GCCCGCGGAGGAGCAGCCGGGCCGGCGGGGCCGGGAGGCUCGGCAUGACGCGAACGGGACAGCUGGGGAGAGUGCUGCUGUCCGCUGUGUAUCUCAACUCUGGAGCCCCUCUCCACCUGGGGUGGAGGAAGUACCAAGCCAGUAUCAGAGUCAGCGAAGAGCCCUGACAAAGAGGGGACACCAUAUGCCACAGUCCCUAGAAAACUCAGGAGCAACUGGAGCUUUGGCAGGUCUGGGCUGGCCAGGAGCUCAAGGCCUCCCAGCAUCUGUUCCCUCCUGCUCACCUGUGCCCCACCCCACUCUGCCCAGAAGUGCACGAGUCCAAGCCGCCUCCAUGGCCCCGGGAAAGAUUCAGGGGAGAAGCCCCAGACAGGGAGCCACUCCAUCCAGACACCGCAGCCAGAAUGGAGCUGACUGAUCUGCUCCUCGUGGUCCUACUUCUCCUAACUGCAAGACUAACUCUGUCCAGCACGGCUCCUCCUGCCUGUGACCCUCGACUCCUAAAUAAACUGCUGCGUGACUCCCAUGUCCUUCACGGCCGACUGAGCCACUGCCCAGACGUCAACCCUUUGUCCACACCUGUCCUGCUGCCAGCUGUGGACUUUAGCCUGGGAGAAUGGAAAACCCAGACGGAGCAGACCAAGGCACAGGACAUUCUUGGAGCAGUAACUCUUCUACUGGAUGGAGUGAUGGCAGCAAGGAGACAGCUGGAACCUACCUGCCUCUCGUCCCUCCUAGGACAGCUGUCUGCACAGGUCCGCCUCCUGCUUGGGGCCCUACAGGGCCUCAUUGGAACCCAGCUUCCUCCACAGGGCAGGACCAUAGCUCACAAGGAUCCCAAGGCCAUCUUCCUGAGCUUCCAACAACUGCUCCGAGGAAAGGUGCGCUUCCUGCUGGUUGUAGAAGGUCCCACUCUGUGUGUCAGGCGGGCCCUGCCCACCACAGCUGUCCCAAGCAGCACCUCUCUACUCCUCCUCACACUGACCAAGCUCCCAAACAGAACAUCUGGAUUGUUGGAGACAGACUUCGGUAUCUCAGCCAGAACUACUGGCCCCGGACUUCUGAACAGGCUACAGGGAUUCAAAGCCAAGAUUCCUGGUCUGUUCAAUCAAACCUCCAGGUUCCAAGACCAAAUCCUGGGAUACCCAAACAGGACCCACGGACCCUUGAAUGGAACUCAUGGACUCUUUACUGGAGCCUCACCCGGGACCCUAAAAGUCCCAGACAGCCCACCAGGAACUUUGGACACAGGCUCCCUGACACUCAGCCUCCAGACUGGAUAUUCUCCUACCCCAACCAAUCCUCCUGCUGGACAGUACACACUCUUCUACCCUUCACCCACCUUGCCCACUCUUGGAGCUCCACCACAGCUCAGGCACCACCCCCUGUUUCCUGACCCUUCGACUAUCAUGCCCAACUCUACUGGUCCCCUUCCAACCACAGCAUAGCCUCACUCCCAGAACGUCCCAGGACGGUAAGGGUCACGGGCACUGCCAGCAUGAGCAGGGUCUCUCAGGCACACACCCUUCCCCGGGAGAGGCCCUGAGAGAUGACCGCAGCUGUAUCAGAUGUCCUGCUCUCACCUGAAACCCAAGCCCAGCUAAAGGGGACACACAGGACAGGAAAGGGGCUGGUUUUCCCUGUGUAAAUCAUAAAGCAUCAGCUGGUUUUCUCAGGAGCUAUUUUUUAAGCUAUCAGUAAUAUUCAUAAGAGCAGCUAGUUAUCUUUGGUUUAGUUCAGCAUAAAUUUGCAAAUUACUAAUUCUGUAUUAUUUUUCAUAUGAUAAAUCUGCAAAGGUUAGACUGGCCUGACCUUUGAGCAGGAGUAGAGACUAAUCUUGUUUCAGAAAACAGAAAAGUUUCCUUUGCUUCAAGUUUAAGACCCUCCAAACCCCCCAUUCCUUUCACUAUCAUUCUCAAUGGGACUGUUUGGUCAUCUCUUCUUUCCCUAUGUAAUAGAUAAAAUUGAGCCUGCAAAAAAAAUAAUAAUAAUAAAUCAGAGCACUCAAACGCUAGAUUAAAAGAAAGGGAAAGAUGUUCUUCACAGAGGCAACAGAACCCCUGGACCCCACCACCCAAGAAAGCUAACAGGAAGCCUAGGGAGACCUUCCACACCUCAGGUAAGGCUGUGCAGACAGUUCGGUGAAGACAAGACCUGGAUGUGGCAGCUGAACAAACAGCAAGAGCAUUGGCAGCCCAGCAGGGGCUUCACCAGGCCCAGGCUCCUGCUUCCCUCCUGUGGAGGUCAAGAGAAGUGCAGGAAGUGGCCAAAGGCCAGCCCCGGGCUCACCCCAGCAGGAGAACAAGUACAAGCCCAGAGGAAGGCUCACUUCCCACCUGCCACAAGACCGUCCCUGUGUGACCACCCUAAUCUCUGCUAGUGGGGCCCCUAACACAAAAGCAGGCUUCUGGAGCUUUGUAAAUAAGCAUUUCCUUGGUGCUGGAUAUGAGGUUUGUGUUGCAAUGAAACAAAAACUUCUUUAAGGUCAACAAGGGUCUUGUAAAAAGAACUAAUAAGCAUUUUCCUUUUUCCCAUCCCAAAGGUAAGGAGGAAAGGCUACCAUAUAGGUAGAGAAGCCAGGAUCCCAGAACGCCAAAUACUGCCAAAAAAUAAAAAAUAAAAAAGCAAGGGAAAGAUGUUCUCCUUCAAGGAGUAGAUUCUCCCAGGCUCCAUUUCCCACAGAACUAUGUAAAAGUAGGUAUUAUCCAUCUCUAUUUUACAGAUGAAGAAAGUAAGACUUCAGAAAGCCAGGUGAGUUCCCAAUCUUAAAUAGCCUGAGUAGGAAAAGAAUCACCCUAGUCUGAUUCACUCUCAAAGCCGUAAUCUCCAGUGUGGUGCACUAUGUAACAUAUCAUUCAGUGAUUCUAUUUAAUGCAAAAGAUUCCCAAGUCUUAAGGAAGUAAAUACACCAACUGUUGAAGAGUUCUGAGUAGAAAACCAAAGCUCAAGCCGGGCAUGCCCAGUGCUUGGGAGGCAGAGGUAGGAAGAUCACUUGAGUUUGAGGGCAGCCUGGGACAACAAAGUAAGUUUCAAGUUGGACUGGACUAGAGUGAGACUCUACCUCAAGAAAAAUAAAAAAUAAAAAUUUUAAAAUCUGGUGAAAUACAUAAAACUACUUUUGGCCGGAGGAGAUUGCUGGGUGGUUAAAGGCACUUGUUUGCAAAGCCUACUGGCUCUGGUUCAAUUUCCUAGUACCCAAAUAAAGCCAGAUGCACAAUGUGGCACAUGCAUCUGGAGUUCCUUUGCAGUGGU